CACUUUCAGUGGAAUUUCCAACUUCAAUGUGUUUCCUGCUGUGGUGAGACUGAAUUUAAUUUAAAUUUAAUUUAAAUAAAAUUAACUGGAAGUCUCUAUGAAGCUAAGAGGAAUUGCACCAGCUUGAAAACUAACACUGACAAAUUUGACGUUGUUAUGGCCAUUUAAUCUAUUUCUAAUGUAACACAAUAUUGGUUUUAACAGUGUUGUAUUAAAGGUUUAUUCGUAGUAGUGGUGGAGAAAAAAAAGUCCAAAAAAAAGUAGGACAAAGCCAAGUGGUAAUGAGAUACAUGUGUUGACAACUCCCUUUCAUCAUGUGUUCCAUAUUUUACCUCUAAGUCACAUAAUUCCACAUUAUUGUGUUCAUAAUUAAUGAAAUAAAUGUGGAUUAAGUAUUUUAAAACGUCUUUCAACUGCUUAACUAAUGCUAAUACACAACUGUAAGAACACAAAUACGUAUACAUAUACUGUAAGUACACAACGUUCAUCCUGUACUCAACAGACUGAAGUGUUUUUUUCUCAGACUUGAUGUCUCACGUGCAGUAGGUUUGUGUGGACAGUGCUGUAAACCAGCUCAUGGGGGUUACUGGACGUCAGCAGAUUAACGUUCCAGGUGGCUCUGCUUAAAGCACCUUCUCUGAUUCAACCUGCCGUCAAGAGGAGCUUCACAUGUCACAUAAACACUGACGCGAGUCUGACACAGCUCCACACAGUAUUUGAGCACUAUGGAGGGCGUCCCCCUGAAGAUGCCACGGACUGUCUCGCAGGAAGUCAAUCAACCUGACGAAGUGAUUGUCCCUGAAUGUCUCAGCGUACUGCAGCAAACAGAGUAUGACUUCAGUGUGGAGAACUGGGUUCUGACUGGACUGCAGAGUGGCUUCAUCAGCCAGCAGUGUCCACAGACCCCCCCCUCUUCAUCAGGACUGCAGCCAACUUGUCCUCCAUACUGGAUGAUGUUCAGCAGCCCUCAGCAGAGCCGCCUGGCCAGUCGCCAUAGCUCCGACUUCUGGGAGCCCAACCCUCGACAGCGUUCCCACAGCCUUAACCUUGCUGUCCUGCGCACUAAUUCCACCAUAUCAGACUCUGAGGGCGAAGCAGAGAAGGCCCAGAAGUGCGUGUCAGCGACCGACCAUACGGCUGGAGAGCCUCCUGCUGCCACGGGUCAGUGCGGUCUCAGGAAAGCACAGGCCUUUGUCCCCGACCUGCAGAACCCCCCGGCCUGCCUUAGCAGCCUGCCACACCAGCGCAGGAAGAACCUACGCCAGUGCUCCCUCUCUGCGCUGGAGACAAGCACACAACAUGACCCCGGUACCGACAGAAAAGUCCAGAGGUCGUCCUCCCAUAGAAGCCCGAACACCAGGAGCACCAACACCAGGGGCCCCACAGCCAGAGCCAACACGGUGAAUGGGCUCCCCUGCACCAACAGCCACGACACAAGCAGUACGAGGAAGGCCCCGUCUGCUUGGGACUCGUCAGCAGAGCUUCUGUCAGCUCUGAGCCUGGAGGAGAGAGAGCUGCUCGGGGCCAUCACAGCCCAGGGUUACCCCUUGCACACUGCCAUUAUAGCCCUGCAGAAGACAGGCCGGCAGACCCCAGAUCAGGUCUUGCGUUACCUGAUGGCCUGUGAUCACCUGUGUCAACUGGGUUAUGACAUGUCCCAGGUAGAGGAGGCACUGGAGAUGUUUCAAAACUGUGAAACAAAGGCCAAGGAGUUCCUUCACCUGCUGAGUCAGUUCAAUGAGAUGGGCUUCCAGCAGAACGCCAUUAAGGAGGUGCUGCUGGUCCACGAAAACCACAGAGAACGGGCCCUCGAAGAGCUAAUGAUGCGCGUGGGCUGACCAACAGCGCACACGCAGACACAGACACACACGCACACACACGCGCACACACACACGCACACACACACACACACACACACACACACACACACACACACACACACACACACACACACACACACACACACACACACACACACACACACACACUGCAUCCUAGCCUCUACAGCAACUGACUAUUGUUAAAUGCGUGAUGAACGUGAGGAUGCUGAACUUAUUACUUAUUAAUACUACAAUGGUUCAUAACGUGUUCUUUUUUACUUGCUUAUUAUAUUCACACUUCGUUUGGACUUGAAAACAUGAGAGUCUGAUGUGGCGCAGUUCAAACUUGACUCAUGAAUUAAAGCUGAAAUUCCACCAAGGCUGUGUUGAAUUCAGUUUAAUAGUGACCACUUGAAUGCUCUGGUCUUUAUUUUGAUUCCUUUUUUUCUUUUCAGCAUUUCAGCCUAUUUAACCCCACCUACAUAUCUCUAUCUGCUUGGGAUUUAGAGUUUUGUGAAACACUUGAAGACACUGAUUCCCACAUAUAGAAAACCUUGAGAAACAUCAACACGACAUCAUUUUAGUUUUCCACAGCCUGGAUGUCAACCUUCUUAUGUCAUGAAUAUUUAUAACUAUGAUGUAAUUUUGUUCAGCCAAAAUUCCUCAGACAGGUUUUAAACGAACGGAACGCUCAUAAAGGCUGUACUGUAGAUGUUAAUGGAGGUCAAACUGAAAGCAAAGCAGCUGAAAUGGUGAUGAUGAUUGAUGAUGAGUGUCAGAAAAUGACAUCUUUAUAAAAAGUCAAGAAAAAAACAGC